AACAGCGUAGAAAAACUUAAAAUGAGUAGCGCGCACACACACUUUCUUUCUCUCACCCCAGCUGCUCCAUUUUGCGAAGCUACAAAUCGGAGCUAAGCUAAGCUAUCCAACGCCCUCAUCAAGAACACCCAGAUCUCCAGCCAUUUUUGCGAGAUGCAUGGCUACUCCAACCUCGCCUGCUCGUCGUCGUCUCCUCCUCCGGUGGCCGCCGCCGGCAACGGCGCCGGGUGCAGGGCGAGGCGAUCGCUGGAGCUGACCAACACCAAGGAGACCAACGCGUGGGAAGGGCUGGCCAUCGGGGCGGUCACCCUGGCCAGGACAUUCUCCACCGGCUCCCACAGGAUCUCCUCCUCCUCCAGGUCCGGCGCCGGCGAGAGGGUCGGCAGGACGGCCGGCGGCGGCGGCGGCCUCCCCGGCGCGGUGAGGAGGGCCUUCUCCAUGCGGAGGCACCCCGCCGGCCUCGGCAAGGGCGACGGGUACUACUGGAGGAUCCACGACAACAUGGACGGCGACAGUGACGACGACGGCGACAAUCCGGCCGCCGCCGCCGCCGAGGAAGAAGAGAGGGACAAGAAAGAGCAGCUAGCUGAAUCCGCCGACGAGAAGAAGAAAGAGCAGCUAGCCGAAGCCGCCGACGAGAAGGUGUCGGUGACUGCGACGGCGACGCCGAAGAAGAAGAAGGGCGGCAGAAUCAUGAAGGCUUGCAAGAAGCUCCUCCGGCUGUAGUAACAAUCAACUGCAAGUGUGAGUGUGUGCGUCAAUCUGUAAACCUUGCUGAUAUAUUACUGCCGCGUGUUCCGAGAAUGA